CACCGUCCGUGCGCCAGCCGCGGCGGACUGACCGCCGAGCCUCUCGGAGCGGCGACCUGAGGCGAUGGAGCGACGCGGCCGGAGGCGGCCGGAGGGGAGCCGGGCGCGGGGGGCCUCCGCCGCAAUCCUGCUCCUGCUGCUGGGCGCCCUGGCCCUCCUGCCGGCCCCGGCCGCCGCCUCGGCUGAGGGGAAGGAGUGCGCCAAGCCCUGCGCCAACGGAGGGCGCUGCCAGCCCAGCACCGGCCAGUGCGAGUGCCAGCCCGGUUGGGUGGGCGACCAGUGCCAGCACUGCGGGGGGCGCUUCCGGCUCACAGGCCCUUCGGGAUAUGUAACAGAUGGACCUGGAAACUAUAAAUACAAAACGCAGUGCACAUGGCUUAUUGAGGGAAGGCCAAACACAAUCCUUCGGCUCCGCUUCAAUCAUUUUGCGACAGAAUGCAGUUGGGACCACUUGUACGUGUAUGAUGGGGAUUCAAUUUAUGCCCCAUUACUAGCAGCUUUUAGCGGUCUCAUCGUACCAGAGAGAGAGAGCAAUGAGACAGUACCAGAAGUUGUGGCCACCUCUGGCUAUGCCCUGCUUCAUUUCUUCAGUGAUGCUGCUUAUAACUUAACAGGAUUUAACAUCACCUACAACAUAAACAUGUGUCCCCAGGACUGCUCUGGCAGAGGGGAAUGUCGAAUCAGCAACAGCAGCAAGGUGGUAGAAUGCGAGUGUUGGGAGCACUGGAAAGGAGAUGCCUGCGACGUCCCCCAUUGCCCCCAAAAUUGUGGUUUCCCAGAGAGAGGGCACUGCAGUGCGAACAGUGCGAACAGUACCCAAGGAUGCGAGUGUUAUUCAGACUGGCAAGGUACAGACUGCUCAGUUCCGGUGCCGGCAAACAAGUCAUUUUGGACUCAAGAGGAAUUCUACACCCCCAAACUUCGCAGAGCAUCUCAUAAAGCUGUAGUCCAAGAUGAUAUCAUGUGGGUGGUUGGCGGUUACAUGUUCAAUCACACGGAUGCCCAGAUGGUUUUGGCGUACGACCUUCUUACCAAAGAAUGGCUGCCUUUGAAUAGCAGCGUCAACGCCGUAGUGAUCAGAUACGGACACUCUGUGGCCUUGCAUGAAAAUAAAAUCUACAUGUACGGAGGCAAAAUAGAUGAAACAGGGAACGUGACCAAUGAGCUGUGGGUGUUCCAUAUUGCUAACCAGUCCUGGGUUCAAGUACUCCCCAAAGCCAAAGAACAGUAUGCUGUGGUUGGCCAUUCGGCGCAUAUCGUCACAAAGGACGACGGCGCUGUCGUGAUGCUAGUCGUCUUUGGGCACUGCUCUCUCUACGGGUAUAUAAGCAACGUGCAGGAAUACAAUCUGGCAACAAACAUGUGGAGCAUUUUACAGACCGACGGUGCCUUGGUACAAGGAGGAUACGGCCACAGUAGUGUGUACGAUCCGAUCGCUAAGUCCAUCUACACCCACGGCGGUUACAAGGCGUUCAGUGCCAACAAGUACAGGCUGACGGAUGAUUUGUACAAGUUUGAAAUUAACAAACACACGUGGACAAUUCUUAAAGACAGCAAGUUUUCCCGAUACUUGCAUUCUGCCGUGAUCAUUAGCGGAACCAUGCUGGUGUUUGGAGGAAACACCCACAACGACACGUCCAUGAGCCACGGUGCCAAAUGCUUUUCUUCUGAUUUGAUGGCGUACGAUAUAGCUUGCGAUCGCUGGUCCGUGCUGCCUCGGCCUGAUCUCCCCCACGACAUCAACAGAUUUGGACAUUCUGCUGUGCUGAGCAACAACCUUAUGUACAUAUUCGGGGGCUUCAACAGCCUUCUGUUGAGUGACAUUGUGAAGUACACUCCAGAAAGCUGCGAGGCAUACGGCAACGAAACUGCCUGCUCCCAAGCAGGCCCCGGGAUCCGGUGCGUGUGGAACAGCUCCAUCCAACAAUGUCUCCCGUGGGAAAUGGCCACGAAGUACCAGCAGCAAAAGAUAAUCGAAGAAUGCCUUUCCAGGCCAGUUGUGGACCCUGAAAAGUGUGAUCAGAUUACGGACUGCCACAGCUGCACAGCCAACACCAACCGGUGCCAUUGGUGCACCGAUCAGUGCAUCUCCAGGCAGAGCAACUGCUCGGAAGAUCAGACUCCCGUUGCAGACUACGUCAAUUGCUCCAAGGAUAACCCCGCGUACGUCUGUAACAAAAAGACGAGUUGUAAGAGCUGCACAUUGGAUCAGAACUGCCAGUGGGAGGGCCGGAAUCAAGAGUGCAUUGCGUUGCCUGAGAACAUCUGCGGAGCAGCGUGGCACUUGGUCAGCAACACUUGCCUAAGAAUCAUGAACACAAAAGAUACCUACGACAACGCUAAGCUGGCGUGCAGGAGCCAGAGCGCUGCUCUGGCAUCGCUCACUAACCAGAAGAAGGUGGACUUUGUACUCAAGGAGCUGCAGAAGGCUCAGUCGUCGCCCAAAGCCUUGACACCGUGGGUUGGACUGAGGAAGAUUAACAUAUCCUACUGGUGCUGGGAAGAUAUGUCUCCUUUUACGAACUCUUCGCUCCAGUGGCUGCUGGGGGAGCCAAGUGAUAUCGGGUUCUGCAGCUACUUAGCAGAGCCAAGCAAUCAGGGGUUGAAGGCAGCCACGUGCAUCAACCAAGUCAACGGCAGCAUCUGUGAAAGGCCCGCUAACUAUAGUGCCAAGCAGUGCCGGACCCCCUGCGCCUCGAGGAUGGUGUGUAGCGAGUGUACCAGCAGCAACCCUGAAUGUAUGUGGUGCAGCAACAAGAAGCAGUGCGUGGAUGCAAAUGCCUACGUGGCCUCCUUUCCUUUCGGCCAAUGCAUGGAGUGGCACACUGCGAGCAAUUGUCCGCCUGAAAACUGUUCCGGCUAUUUCACUUGCGCACACUGUUUGGAGCAGCCUGGUUGCGGCUGGUGUACGGACCCCAGCAACACCGGCAAGGGAAAGUGCAUCGAAGGUUCUUUCCGAGGUCCGAUGAAGAUCCCGGCUCCCUCUCCGCCACCCACAGGGAAAUCCUACCUGAAACCCGACGUCAAUGCCAGCAUGUGUCUCGCUGCCAACAAUUAUACCUGGUCCUUCAUUCAUUGUCCAGCCUGCCAGUGUAACGGGCACAGCAAAUGCAUCAACGAGAGCAUCUGCGAGAAGUGUGAAAACCUGACCACCGGCAAGCACUGUGAGACCUGCAUCUCUGGUUACUAUGGAGACCCCACUAAUGGAGGGACUUGCCAACCUUGCAAAUGCAAUGGCCACGCUUCGAUCUGUAAUGCGAACUCUGGGAAGUGCCACUGCACCACAAAAGGAAUAAAAGGAGAAGAAUGUCAACUGUGCGAGGUUGAAAACCGGUACCAGGGCAAUCCUCUGAAGGGAACAUGCUACUACACUCUCCUUAUUGACUAUCAGUUCACCUUCAGCCUUUCCCAAGAAGAUGAUCGCUAUUAUACGGCAAUCAAUUUUGUAGCCACGCCUGAUGAGCAAAACAGAGAUCUGGACAUGUUUAUCAAUGCCUCCAAGAACUUCAACCUCAACAUCACUUGGUCAACAAGUUUUGCAGCUGGCACCCAGGCAGGGGAGGAGAUCCCCGUCGUUUCCAAGAGCCAAAUAAAGGAGUACAAGGACAGCUUCUCCAAUGAGAAAUUUGAUUUCCGCAACAAUCCCAACAUCACUUUCUUUGUUUACGUCAGCAACUUCACUUGGCCGAUAAAGAUACAGAUCGCAUUUUCGCAGCACAGUAACUUUAUGGACCUAGUGCAGUUCUUCGUCACCUUUUUCAGCUGUUUCUUGUCUCUGCUCCUCGUGGCUGCCGUGGUUUGGAAAAUUAAGCAAAGCUGUUGGGCAUCGCGACGGAGAGAGCAACUGCUUCGAGAGAUGCAGCAGAUGGCCAGUCGCCCCUUUGCCUCCAUCAACGUUGCCUUAGAAACGGACGAGGAGCCGCCUGAUCUCAUUGGUGGGAGCGUUAAGACAGUGCCCAAGCCGAUCGCCUUGGAGCCUUGUUUCGGCAACAAAGCUGCUGUUCUCUCUGUAUUUGUGAGGCUGCCGCGAGGCCUGGGAGGAAUCCCUCCGCCAGGGCAAUCAGGUCUUGCAGUAGCCAGUUCUUUGGUGGACAUUUCACAACAAAUGCCAAUUGUCUACAAAGAGAAAUCAGGAGCGGUACGAAAUCGCAAACAGCAGCCUCCAGCCCAGCCUGGAACGUGUAUUUGAUGCAUGGACAUCGGGACUGCCUCUUUAGGGUUUUAAACACAAGGGAUUACCUGGGAGGAACAGGGCAAGGAUUUUGUGCAAGACUUGAAGCGUAAAGGGGACCUCGGCGCAUCUGGACUGCGCUUCUGGGAGCAUCGAAACCUUCUUUUGGGCAUCGUCACUUGACUUUGGCUGGCGUCUUCUCCAACACAGGGUUACCGAUCCCCUUCUUUGUGGUGGGGCCACGUUUUUCAUUCAUUCUCUGCUUCCAGGCGAAAGGCCAUUUGUGAGUCCCACGGCAUCCGUCCCCACUCCUGGAGAUCAUUAAUAAUAGAGAAAAGCCACGCAAAGACAAUGGACUCCCGGCUUUUAUACGCGGGAAGUGAUUUGUGGUACUUGAAUUGUUCCCCCCCUCCCCACUUGGUUGUACAAGAAAAGAUGCAGCGCUUAGAGAUAAUUUUUCUGCCUUCGCCAGAUAAACCCCAGGAUUUAAGGAAGCUAACUCAAUUUCCUCCAGGAACCCAAUGGUUGUAAAAAAUUCUAUUUAUUUCUUACCUUAUUUUGCGCUCUCUUCCAAACACAAUUCAUUUAUUGGGUCGAGGUUAUUAUUUUUUUUUGUAGCAUUGUUUUUAUCCAUCUGACUGUAUUAAGGUCAGAAUGGAGCUAGGUACGAUUGGCUUAUUGCCCCCUGCUGCACCCGAAACUCCUUUUCCGGAAGGCUUAGCGGGUUCCAUGCACAACUUAAUGGUAGAAAUAUGCUUUAGUGGGCCAAGUUUUUAAAUAGAACUAGGAAGCAAGGGAAUUGGUGCAGGCUAGCUCUUAUAUAAGAGCCCUAGGAUGUUCUCUCCUUACCCUGGGCAAUCGAUGUCCUUUUUUGUGCUGCACUUGUCAAAGCUGUUAACCUGCUGCUGGGUGGGAGGGCAGUAAGGUGGGGAGAGAGAAGAAAUUCAGACCGUAUUUCAGUCCCGAGUCACAUCAGCUUGCCUGCUGUAUUGCUGUUCCUUCUUUUAGCCUUAGGAACAAAGCCGAUAGCUAUGGUGCGGUGGAAGUGCCCCCAGGAGCGACUCUUUGGUGGUGUUUAUCUCGAACAAUGUGAAGCUAGUGUGUGUUAAACGUCCUCGUGAGAGGCGGUCAGAUGGGGGGGGGCGGAAAUCAUGGCGGAGGGAGCUCCUUUUCCUGCGGGGCUGCUUCCGAGGGCCAGAGGUGCUUCCCCGCGUGGACCCUUCCCCCGUCCCCACUCUCAGCUGUCAUCGUGACCUCAUCUGUUUGCUCCGCUCAGUCUUGCAUCAUUCUCUCAAUUGUGCUUCCCACACAGAGCUCAGCAGAAAGACGGAGCUUUAUUAGCCAGCAGCAUAGAAACCGGGAGGCUUGAGAAGCAGGAAGAGAAAACGUUGUGUUGGCUUGGCAUUUUGUAGGUUGUCGCUCCAAAUCAAGCUGGCGUUGCAGAACUGACGUGCGUCGGAGGUGCUAUAACUCAGGUUUCACUUGCUCUUCACACCUAGCCAGGCUCCUGCAAAUAAUCUGCCGGAGUGUUUGGAAGAGAGCAGUAAAGUUUCCAGGAUGGGGCCGAGGGUGGAGGCGGGGUAGCCAGUUUACUUUUUUUGCUUCAGCAGGUCUCAUUCGGCAUGCAAAGGAGCCGCUGACUGCUUGGCAGGGCGGGAAUGCAACUGCUCUGCGGAGGCUUUGGGUGAGCCCCUCUCCUUGCACCAGCGUCCGGCUUGUGACCUCUAACUGGAGCUCCAGCAUGCAGGAAGCGCUUGUGGGAAUAAAGACCUCCCUGGUUGCGCCAGUGGUGCUGCCGCUCCUCUGAAGGGGGGGGGGCUGUCCCCAGCCUUGUACUGACUGGGCACAGCUUUGCUUGCUUGAUGAGGGCAAUCCCAGUGUCUGAGGACAAGAGAGCAUGACACUGGGUGUGAGGUUGCCACCCAAAAGGACAUUUCGGUGUUCCCUUCUCUGCCUCCUCUUUGUAACCUGCACGGCCCCUUCCUGUGGUGGGGACAUCACCAGAUGGUGGAUUCCCCAGUGGCAGCAGCUGCCAGCGAGGUGAGGCAGGGGAACGGACAGCUUGAUGAGACGGGAGGCGGAGGCAGUGCUGCACAUGCUUGAAGUCGGGGAGAGGACUGGGGGAUGCCGUAUUCUGGGCAGCAGCCUCAUGCCAAAGCAACCUGGAGCUCCUUGAAAUUAAACCGGGAGUGACUGUCCCUUCUGCUUCUGUUGUUGUUGGAAAGCAGCAGCGUGCGAUAUUUAUCUUCUGAGUCUGCUUGGAGGGGGGGAUUCUUUUGGGGAGGCGCCUUUGGAAUCCGCAGGCCGUACGUAUCUUGUAAGAGGCAUGGCGAGUGGACCCCUGCUCCUUUUUUGUCAUUGAUUCCCUGGCCUGAUGCUGCAUUUGUCAACAAUGAAAUCACAUCACCGGUUGCCAUAGAACGGGAGGAAAAUGUGUGAUUUAAACAAGCAUCUCUUUCUCCCGCCCUUUCAUUGUUUUCUUAAAGCUGCACAGGGCGUCACUCUAUGUGGAAAGCGGGGGGAAUGAGGCGGCCCUUUCUUGAAGUCCGUUUUAAAGAUGAAGUCAUGCACAGAGUUGUCCCUCGCUCCUGGCUGCUUCUUCUUUGUGUACAAGACCUGGCCACAGCAAAGACCUUUAGCGCCUGAGCGUUGGCUCUUUUGUCGGCUUCCUGGCCAUGGACGGGCACCUGCAGCCACCACGGGCAAAGGGCACAAUGGAGGCAGGCAAGAAGCAGGCAUGCCAGCUUGCUUGCCUCCAGGUCCUUGGACCAGGGCUAAGUUCCCAAACCCUGUGGCCAGAUCAGUCACUCUGAAAGGCAGAAGGUCCUUUGGGGUCCUUUCCAACAUGCUUUCCCCAUGCCAGUGUCACUUCUGAUGCUCAGGGAGCAUUUAUGGUUAGCAAACCAAAAGGACCAGGUUUUGUGACAGCAUUCCCGGCAACCUGAUUUCAGGUGGCAUAAGCUUUGUCAGCCAGAGCCUGCACGGUUGUGACGCAGAACACCUGGCUACCCCUCGGGGGAUUGGAUCCAGAGGAGUUAGCCGUGUUAGUCUGUAACAGCAAAAUAGUAGAGUCCAGUAGAGUAGCACCUUUAAGACUAACCAACUUUACUGUAGCAGAAGCUUUCGAGAGCCACAGCUCUCUGCGUCAGAUGCAUCGUCAGCUUUCGAGAACCACAGCUCUGCUGUGGUUCUCGAAAGCUGACAGUGCAUCUGACGCAGAGAGCUGUGGUUCUCGAAAGCUAACGAUGCAUCUGAUGCAAAGAGCUGUGGUUCUCGAAAGCUUAAGUGACAGGAAAGUUGGUUAGUCUUAAAGGUGCUACUGGACUCUACUAUUUUGCCUCUGGGGACUGGAUCCCUGUGGCUAGAUCUUUUCCUCCAGUGGAAGAAGCUUUCUCCUAACACAAGAGGGAGGAAAUUGCUUCCCAAAGUCCUCAUCCUGCUGGCCGAGCAAUGCUGCUGCGUGCUAGGGCGAUGCACGUGCCCACAGGAUAUGCACGUUAUUAACAGUAUGGAAACAGGCCAAGCUUCUUCUGUUCGUCCAUUUUCGGCUAUUGUGCUAUAGCAAUCGUUCGCAACUUAAAUCUUCCUAUUGGACGAAACAAAACUGCAUGUGAAUUGUGGCUGUAGUGUAAUGGCAGCACAGUGACCAACAAUCUCUGGAGGGGCAACAGGGUUAGCGUGGCUUCAGGCCUUGAAGAGGCACUCCCCAACCCCAUUCUACAAGUUCCCUAGGAAGGAGGGGGAGCUGCAGGCACUAGCUGCGGUCAAGGCUUUAGCUGAGCUUGUGGUCAUCGCAGAGGAAAACUCUUCCCCGGACCUCUGACCCGAACAGUUUCAUCCUCACCUGAACAGUCGAGUUUUUAACCACGUCAGCAGGUUGCGGCUGUCGAGUCAGCAGGCCAGUGCAACCCAGUCUCUUUAGACGGAGGUAGAGCUUAAAUCACCAUCCCUUAUUUUUACCAGAACAUCUGUCAAUACAUUUUUAAAAAGAUAAGCUUUCUUUUGCACUUGUACAGGAGCCUUCUGCAGCUGCGCAGCAGGGCGGACUGUCCAAAAGUUUAUUGUGUCUGUGAAAUGGAAGGAAAAUCCAAUGCCGCUUUUGGAUGCAAAUUUGAAAAUUUAAUCUCCAACUGCCUGUGCCUAUCCUGAGCCCCCAAGCUUUGAAGUUGUCAUUCUGUUGAAACUCCACAGCGCUGUGAGAAGGCACCCACCAUGUAUCUCGGUUCUCUGGGCAGCAUCUACUCCAAGCAAAAGCCUCCUUGAAUUCCGUAGGAUUUGCGCAUGAGCACGUUGGCUCUUGCUCAGGUCACUUAAUUGAUGCUUGCGCUUGUUACGUGCCAGCUCUAUUAUUUUCCAAUAAAGGCAUGUUUCCCACAGGAGCAAUGAGUUAAAUUUUAAAGGGCAGCUGCCAAGCAAUUAAUCUGGAGCCUGAAUUUUCUGGGAUUUAAGUCUUUCAUCUGCAGGUUGGUUUGAGGUCACUCUAGCAACACUCUUUAAACUUGCAGAAUAUAUAUUUUUUUAAAUGAAAAUAUUGGCUUUGUCCUCCUAAAAUGCAUGCAUGCACGCACAUACAUCCAGUGCUUACAGUUUUGGGGGAAACUCUGUAGCCAGCUGCUUUUCUAGAAGCUUCUUAGCUUUUCCUUUUUCUUCGCUCAGAAAUUAUACGCAGAGAAGGACAGAUGGUCGCGACCUCUUGUUUGUCCCUCAAAGCUGUUGGGUCAAAACGUACUGCUCCGCAGAUGCCAAAGUUCUGAUUUUUCAAGACUGGCCGGUGCCUGAGAAUCCCCCCCCCCACAUCCUUGCCAAAUCUUCUCCAUGCUUAAUGUACCUAACCGUGGUGAAUCGCAGAUGUUCAAAGAAUGACAGGCUGUGAAAACACCUCUUGACAGGUAUCCGCAUCCUCUUAGUUGCCGUGCAUGGAAAGAAAAAAUUCCCCCUACAGAGACUGUCAGCGUGUGAGAAUAUAUCCCCCUGGUUUCUCAUGUGCUUUUAAAAUUGCUGUCAGGAGUGGGCUUUGACAAAAUGCACACUCCGGAAAGAAACCGGAAAGAAACCCGAGAGCAAAGAGCGCGGCUGCCAGGAAAGCAGGGUGGCUGAGGAUGAGCUGUCAGUCGAGAAGCUCCUCUCCCCCGAAUCGAGUCCUCUGAUGAACUCAGUAGGCAGCUGCAGGUAACAGUUCUUCCUCGCAGCUUCAGUCCUCUUCUACAAAAAGGGAGUGGGAUCAUUGGCCUACCUUACAGGGCUGUUGUAAGGAUCGCUUGAGUUAAUGUAUGUGAUGUGUGUUGAACAGAGAAAGCCUAAUGUAUAUGCAAAGUAUUGUCUGUUAAACCCUGGUACUUCUCACCUGCUGGAGCAACAAGAGCCAUACCAGUAGGCGGGGGGGGGGGGGGACCAGGCGCAAGGUGCAAGAAUUUAUUAAGGUUGGUUGUGGAUUUUCCGGGCUGUAUCGCCGUGGUCUUGGCGUUGUAGUUCCUGACGUUUCGCCAGCAGCUGUGACUGGCAUCUUCAGAGGUGUAGCACCGAAAGACAGGGAUCUCUCAGUGUUUGUUAAGGUUAUUGAAACGUGUAGGGAUCUUAAUAACCUUAAUGAAUUCUUACGCCUUGCACCUGUUUUUUGCUUCUCACUUCCCCCCUUACCCUUCUGCAUUGGGGUGCUGUUCAGAGGAAUCCGCCCGGAAGCCUGCAAAGCGUCACUCAGGCAGCUUUCUGAGUUGUGUCCCCUGACCAUAGGCCAUCAUAGCAUGACAAUGACUUGAAACUAGUCGGGGCUACAGAGCCAAAUCCUUUUCCCCCCCGCAGCAAAGGUUUCCUGUGCCCUUUCAAGAAUUGCAUUUUGCGCAUGGGGGAGGGAAUACCCUGUGGAGGCCUCCCCCUCCCCCUGGGAAGCCCCUGCAUAGAGGAUCUCCAUGCCCGAACUGGAGCUUUUGCACCACAGCUGGUAUUUUUGCAGCAGACAUUAGAAAGCUGCUUCUCGGUGAGUCCUUAAGCACAGCAGUAAGUCCUUUGGUCACUGCUUCCUUACCGGUCUCUUCCUGUGCUCCCAGGGUACAUGGCAGCAUCCUGUUUUUCCCUUAGGGGGUGUUGAAUUCACUCACACAGGCUUGAUUUCCCAAGAUCCAUAGCAAAAUAGUCGUGGAAAAGAAGGGGGGAGCCCAAAUGCAUCUGUCUGCCAGAGCCCUUUCGGAGGCAGCUGUGUGCAUCUUUGGGGGGAGAAGUAGGAGAGGACGGAAACCAUGUCGUGGGUCAGCGAUCCUCACGGCUCCUGUUCAUUUGCUGUCCAAAGAAACUCUAGCCCUGCGGUCAGCCAUUUUUCUAUGAUUAAAGAAUCAAGCGUCUCCGAAAUCCAGAGCAAAAGAUCAAGUGUCUGUCGAUGGUAUAGGAAGAAUGCAACUUAAUUAACAUGCUGAUUAUUACUCCGUCAAGUUGCUGCAGGCCAAACAUCAGUUGUGGGUCUUUUAUUAGGAAGUGGCAUGCAGGAGAUCCCACAAUAAUGAAUAAAUAUGCACAGGAGCACCCACUGCAAUUGUUUGAGUGCUCUGGCGCAGAUCCUCUCGUGGUUUGGACUUGAAUUCCGGGCAGCUGUUCACCUCAUUUCCCUUUCUGCUCCCUUCACAUCCUGGUUAUUCAAGCAUCCCACCUACCCUUUCAAGUUACCUUAAAGUAAAAGAUUUCAUUUUCUUUUGUCAUAGAUCCAGAGGAGUUAGCCAUGUUAGUCUGUAGUUGCAAAAAAGUAAAAAAUCCAGUAGCACCUUUAAGGCUAACCAACUUUAUUGGUCCAGAGGAAUUAGCUGUGUUAGUCUGUAGUAGCAAAAUAAUAGUCCAGUAGCACCUUUAAGACUGACUAACUUUAUUGUAGCAUAAGCUUUCGAGAACCAGCUGACGAAGAGAACUGUGGUUCGCGAAAGCUUACGCUACAGUAAAGUUGGUUAGACUUAAAGGUGCUACUGGACUCUUUACUAUUUUGCAACUUUAUUGAGGCAUAAGCUUUUGUCUAAUCCUUCUCGGCUAGUGGCUAUCACCGCAUGCCCCUACCCACACAUUCUUCCCAUGGAAACCACACGAACAUACGAAGCUGGCUUAUACUUAGUCGGGCCAUUGGUUUAUCGAGAUCGGUAUUGGCUACUCAAGCUGGCAGAAAUUCCCCCGGGCUCUCAGGUGGAGGUCUUUCACAUCACCUACCUGGCGUUUUUAACCGGAGAUGCCAGGGUUUGAACCUUGACCUUCUGCAUGCCAAGCCGAUGUCCUCCCACUGAGCUAUGCCCCAGUGGAAUGUAUAAAUCAUCUGUCACAAUCUCCCGUUCUGUCCCUACCAGGAGGAGCUGGCCACAGCUAACUUUCACUGGAUUGUGCCCUUUUCAAAUGCGGGUUAGGCCUCCCCCAGCCCCUUCUCUGUGCAGCCUCGUAAUUUGUUCAGCUAGGAGGUUGGAAGGGCUUCUCCUUCAGUCCCGUGCUGUAGAUUUUGGCAGAUUUCAACCUUUUAUAGGAUUUGGAGAUAAGUUUAUGACGAGGUAGUAACGCUGUCUUAAUUUUGCCUAUCCUGGGUCCUUCACACCCCUUCCCUCGCCAAAAGAAAAAAAGCUCCUGAGUUUUGCUUGAACAAGUUUAUUUUGGUGUCUUCCAGGUCCCAAUUAGUUGAGCACUUCCGCCAAGUUCCUUGAGGUCAGAAAUCUGCUCCAGUACCCAGCCAGGGAGAGGGAAAUCGUGACAUUUGUGACAUUUGCAACGUUGUAUUAAAUCCUGUAGGCCCAUACAUUUCUGCUGCUCUGAAAUCUGUGCACAAAGUGUUCUUUUUCGCUAAGAGCUCUUGAACUUUCUCUUCUGGAUCUUCUUUUUGUCUUUUUACUGCCCUUUCUGUACUAUUCUUCUGUGUUUGGACCUGAGCUUUGUUUUGUUCAUAUGUAUAAUUUUUUAGCCCCUUAUUGCAUUCAUAUGUAAAUAACAAGUAUUGUAAACUAUUUCAUUGCUGGGGGGCGGUGGGGGGGAUAUAAAAUACACAUUUUCGGGCUGCUGGGUUUUUUUGGUAUAAUUUUUUGUAUUGUAAAAUAACAGCUAAUUUAAAAGCAGGAAAAAGGUGAGGAGGGCGUGCAUUUUAAGACACCAAUGUGAAGUAUAUGUAAAUAACUAACAGUAAAUAAUUAAAAAGAAAACUUCCCACACUCCCUGGAAUAAAAAGUAGAAGAUUUA